AUGAUAUCUGAAACUGUAUCUGAAGUUCAUUUGUUAAGUGGGUGUGCAGACCUUGACUAUGCUCUUCGUAGGGAAGAGCCUCCGACACCUACUGAUGCUAGUUCUCGAGCCGAGGUAUCAUUAUAUGAACGGUGGGAGAAAUCCAACCGUUUAAGUAUGAUGUUCAUUAAGUCUCGUAUCUCAGCUAGUAUCCGAGGUUCGAUUCCUGAUUGCGGGAAUGUCAAGGAUUAUAUGAAAGCUAUUGAUGAACAGUUUGAGUCUUCUAGUAAGGCACUUGCAAGCACCCUAAUGGCACAAUUGUUAUCCAUAAGGUUGAGAGACAUUGCAGCACAACUGAAAGCCUUAGAGGUUGAGAUCUCUGACUCAUUUCUGGGUUUCAUAAGGAAAAGGAAACUGAUAGGAAGUGAACUGAGCAUCUAUAUGGGCAAUCGAAUUCACGUGUAG